AAUUCCAAAAUGCUUGAUUUUGCCAUUUUGGCAUGAUAGGAUUACUCCCCACGCGUGGCACCGCGCGUGGCGGGAGUUCGUAUGUGAACCGUUGGAUCUAACUGGCAAAAGGAUCCGACCCGUCGGGAGUUUGCUGCUCAUCAAUUAUCAUCGAUCUUAGCUCUCUCUCUCUCUCCACAUACAGUCAUACGUUCUUCUCGUUCAUAACCAAUACUGAAGAGCAGAACAACUGAAUUUCAAACUUUCCUUCAUCUAUCGGCCGAAUAAACUUCCAAAAUGAGAAGCAGGCUGGGGCAUCGGCACCAAUCCAAGCAAUCCGGAGUUAAGGGCAUGUUUGGAAGACUAUCGUUUGCUGUAAUCGUUCUGGUGAUCUGUACUGUUUCGCUAUGGUCCACUGUAAAAAGCACCACGCGAUCCAUCUCUCGAUCCGAGAUUGAAGUUGAUGCACUUUGGGAUACAGCUGCUUCUGUUGGAUGGAGGCCAUCAUCUGCUCCGAGAUCUGAUUGGCCCCCUCCUCCAGCAGAAACUAAUGGGUACUUACGAGUUCGUUGUAAUGGUGGCCUCAAUCAGCAAAGAAGUGCGAUCUGUAAUGCUGUGCUAGCUGCUCGAAUCAUGAAUGCUACUCUUGUGCUUCCUGAACUGGAUGCAAAUUCCUUCUGGCAUGAUGACAGUGGUUUUCAUGGUGUUUAUGAUGUCGAGCAUUUUAUCAAGUCACUGAGAUAUGAUGUACGAAUAGUAGAAAGCAUUCCGGAAGUCAAGAAAAAUGGGAAGACCAAGAAGCUGAAAGCUUUUCAGAUACGGCCUCCUAGAGAUGCUUCCAUCAGUUGGUAUACAACAGAUGCUUUAGCAAAGAUGAAAGAGCAUGGUGCUAUUUAUCUUACACCAUUCUCACAUCGUUUGGCAGAAGAGAUCGAUAACCCUGAGUACCAGCGCCUAAGGUGUAGAGUGAAUUAUCAUGCCUUACGGUUUAAGCCUCACAUUAUGGAGCUCAGCAACUCAAUUGUGAAUAGACUCCGUGCACAAGGUCAUUUCAUGGCCAUACAUCUUCGAUUUGAGAUGGAUAUGCUGUCAUUUGCUGGGUGUUUCGAUAUUUUUACUCCUGCAGAACAAAAGGUCCUGAAGAAAUACAGGGAGGAAAAUUUUGCACCAAAAAAACUUGUUUACAGUGAGAGAAGGGCGAUUGGAAAAUGUCCUCUAACUCCAGAAGAGGUUGGUCUGAUCUUGCGAUCUAUGGGUUUUGACAACUCGACCAGAAUAUUCCUUGCAGCUGGCGAACUUUUUGGUGGUGAACGGUUUAUGAAGCCUUUCCGGUCUUUGUUCCCUCGCCUUGAGAACCACAUUUCAUUAGACACCAGUGGUGAACUUGGCAAGAAUAGUCGUGGUUUGGUAGGGUCUGCUGUGGAUUAUAUGGUCUGUCUGCUCUCAGACAUAUUCAUGCCAACAUAUGAUGGGCCCAGCAACUUCGCAAAUAAUCUUCUUGGCCACCGCCUAUAUUAUGGUUUCCGUACAAACAUAAUACCUGACAGAAAAGCUCUUGCUCCUAUCUUCAUUGAAAGGGAGAAGGGGCAUACAGCUGGUUUUGAAGAAUCUGUUAGGCGCGUAAUGCAAAACACGAACUUUGGCGGGCCUCACAAGCGGGUCCAGCCUGAGUCAUUUUACACGAAUUCAUGGCCAGAGUGCUUUUGUCAGAUGUCAGCAGCCAAUCCAGCCGACAAAUGUCCACCCGAUAAUGUCCUGGAUAUCUUGGACAGCCAGUUGGCUAAAGGAGGAAACGAUGAUCCAGAAUCUGCCACUUCAAACUCAACAUCCGUCGUUGGAAAGUAGGAUCUAAUUAGGACAAGUCCAUAAUCCCUAGAGCUAUAUCAUGACGCCAAAAUGCAGCUGUUGGUGGUAUUCUAAUUUGGCUCUGCAGCUGCAGGUACUCCAAUUCCUCUGUUACUUUUUACAUCUUAUAGAGAUCAAUACUUCAUCCGUUCACAAAAAAAUGCCACAAUUUUGUUUUCGGUUCGUCCACUACUCACCACACGUUAAAAGCGAGACCCUUACUCCAUUCUCACACCACCAACUAUUAUAUCAAGACAGAUGGCAUCCACAACGUGACAAUUUUUCGGACGGAAGAAAUACGUUGUGCGAUGCUUUCGUCUAUUGGGUGAUUGUAUCUUUGGCAUUCUUUACAUUGUUGUAGUCAAUUAGCUUCGGAAGCUCUACAUGGACUGAGCCUGUGGGUGAAGACGUGAAGUAGAGGAGGGUUCAGAGUGGUAUAUUUGGAUGUAAGCAUUUUUUACCGAAUCUGGGCAAGUGUUCAUUUAGGAUGAUUUUUUACUGGAGUUUGUGGUGCUUAUUCAAGUUUAUUCUAAUCU